AUGGUAAUUUAUCAUAUAUAUUAUUUAAUAUAAUUCUCAUAUUCGUAAAUUUUAUAGGUGGUGGACGCUACUAGCCGGUCACACUUGAAAAAUUCUGUGAAAGUAAUAGGAAGGAAUGAGCCUUAAACUAUUUAUUUUUUUUAAAAAUGCAGUUAUAGGUUAUGUAAUUACGUUAAUAAGCCACGAGUUUUAUUUAAUCAGCCACAAAUUUCGCACAAAUAUAAAUCAAAAUGGUUUUUAUUAUGCAUAUUGGCGGAUUUGUUCAAAUAACUAUUUAUUCCGUUAUGUUCGGUAUGAUGUACAUAUGAUCUUAAAAAAAGUUUUUCAAUUUAACGAAAUUUUCAUUCCGGCUGGAAUUAAUGUAAUUUCAGCCGAACUUUACAUUAUAUCAAUAUCACGAGAUUAAUAAUUCAGUGACAAAAAAUGGGGGUGAAUUUUGUAGAUCAUUUAAUAAAAUUCAUUUAAUCUUACGCACUAUUUUACUGAAACCUUUCAAGCACAGAUUUUUAGAAAAAAAGCUAUUAUGAGCUUCUUAAUUGCUAGUUAUAAAAUGAAUUAUU